GCAGAAUCACGGUUUCUCUGAUCUCAUAGCAACCACCGCUUUAUUUCUACAAUUCAUUCGACCAUGCCAAGAACUUCAUGGCUGUGUUCCAGAUUAAUUGAACAUAAACAUUUACAACUGCAUCCUUGAGGAUAUAACACCACAGGCAAAAUGACCAACAAGACGACCGUCAUAAAACACCAUUGUGUGACCUGUUUCCACGGAUUUGUGGUGGCCUUCUAUGCCAUCGUCGAUUUUUACAUGGCCCAAGCCAACUACAAUUUGUACCAGUCUGACCUACCCAUCACCAAAAUGUUCCUUGGUGGUGCCUUCCAUUUCUUCACGACUUGGAAUCAGACUUUGCACCAAUUUUACUUUCUGUUGAGUCUGGUGCAAGACCUCUUGACCUUCUCAACAAACCGCAAUCACGUCAAGUUUUGCUUGUGGUUCGAUUCAAUUAGAAAUAAAUACUUUAUUCCAGUUAUAAUGCCAGCUACAUUCAUGACCACUGUAAAUUACUGGACCGUCCACCUCAUGGCACCGCAUCUCAUGUUGGCCGAACUUCUCAAAAUUUAUGGCCCGUGGCUUAAUCACGCAGUGCACACUGUCAUCGCGCCGAUUAUAAUUGGAGAGUUCUUUCUCACCACUCAUGGGGUCCCAUCGUGGGGAAAAGGAUUUAAAUACACCACGAUUUUGAUGGCUAGCUACGGUGCUUGGGUUUAUCCAUUUGGAUUUAUUCUUGGCCAGUGGCCCUAUCCUUUUCUGGAGGAGAUGAACGCUACACACCAUAUUUUAUUCUUUCAUUCAAUGUUCAUUGAAGCCUAUUUCUAGUAUAUUGUCUUCAGAUACGCUGAAAAGCAGCUGUUCGGGGAAAAUGCGUCACAAAGUGCAGCCACGAAUGUAGAGAAGAGAUACUGAAAUGCUGAUAUUAUGUCGCAUGCAUUAAUUUUGUUAUAUUAAUAUUCCAUAAUUAUACUCCGAUUGAAUCUGAAUUUAAUACAUAUCCGCAAGUCAAAAUGAUUAAGUUGUUAAAAUAAAAAAGCGCAUAUGAUGGACAAAGUAACUCCUGGAAAAAAUUUAACAAUCAAUGAAUAUUACGAAGCCGUGUGUGAUUUAUAUUGAUUCAUGAAAUAAAAAUUAAUAGAUAAU